AUGGCGCAGCCUCUCGGCCCGUGGGCACAGGCGGGGCUGUGGGGCUCAGCUGCCAUCGGGCUGUGCUUUCCCUUGCAGAGCCUGCGCGGGGCGGCUGCGCAGGGCCCCGGCACCAUGGAGCUGCUCAGGGCGUCGGAUCGUGGCAAACAGCAGAAGGCAGAGGCAAAGGAGAGGAAACCUCCAGCCCACAGAGUGACUCUGCCUCAGCUCACCAGUGGGGACAAGAAGAAGAAAGGGGAGAAGCAGCAGCCAGAGACAUUGCCACCCCAAGAGAAGCACAGGAGUUUUGCUCAGAGGAAAGCAGCUGCCAGGAAGGCUGAAUUAGCCGAAGCCUUGGAAGAAAUUGAAGUUGCCACGAAUCUCAUCAACCUGAAGAAAAAAGCCGUGCAGGAGGUGCAGGAGCACAGCGCCUGCCUGGCAGAGAGCAACCGCCGCCUGCUGAGGCACAUCCAGCACACUGACCACAGCACUGCCCGGCGAGCCAGGGCCCUGCUGCAGCACUACGAAGAGCUCCAGAGGGUGAAGGCAAUGGUGCAGACCUGCAAUCAGAACCAGCUGGACAUGGCAAGGGCAGAGCUCCAGGACAUGGAAAACACAAUGGAAGAGAACCUGAGAAAGCUGCAGCAGCAGCUGGAUGAGGCCACGGGGAAGGUUGAGGCUCUCCAGGAUGAGCUCAGCGUCCUGCGGGCCUCCAGCAGCGGGCAGGGUCCGGAACAAGCCGACCAGCUGCUCCUCCUGCAGCACAGCAUCCAGAGCCUGAAGGAGCAACAGCAGGGGGAGAUAGAGAGGACAGAAGGAAUGUACAAGGCCAUCCUGAAGCAAAUGAAAGCGAAGGCACGAGCAGAGCAGGAGGCACUGCUGCAGAGAGUCCUGGAGGAGACGUUGCUCCACCAGGAUGGCCUGAAGCAGAUGGUGGUCAACAACCACAUUCUGCGACGUGAGGUCCUGCAGCACAGGCAGAUUGUUAAAGACCUGGAGGAGGAGAUUGGUGAGCUGAGGAGAAGCAUCCGGACACUCCGCCGGAGCACGAGAGACCCCCGAGAGCUGAUCUUCACCGACCUGCUCCACAGCCCAGCGUGGACCAAGGGGCUGGACACUGAGGGGCUCCUCACCAUCCCCACUGAGGAGUCACCACUCAUGGGACACAAAGCUCCUCCUUCCCCAUCAGCACCCUCCAUCCCAGCCUCAGGCACUCACUGA